UCCCCUAGCCCCCUGGCCCUUAAUUAGAUUGUGAGGUUGAUCCUAAGACCAUUUGAUGGAUAAAGUGACAAUGGGAAUACACUUCCGUCUUUCAGAGUUAACUCUCAUUAAAGAAAAUCAGGCUGUAGCUUCACCAGGGAGGAGAGUCCAUAAUAUUAACUGCUGUCCUGGAGGGACUUCAUUAGGGAGUGGAAUAAAAACAGUAUGUUUAAAAUGAAAAGCUCUCUGGCCUGCUUUGUAGGUUAUGGCAACUGCCUCAAAGGGAGCCCUGCUGUGGAACCCUCACCUCACAUAGGAAUACUGAGCGGGGAAGGGGCUCAGUGAUUCUUAGCUAUUGGAACUGGAUGACACACUGGCAGGCCAGGGAGACCUGAGCUUUUGUGAAGUUGCAGCCAGCAAGUUGCAUCAAGGUUUUAGAUGGCAGAGCUUGGCGUUGUGCCAACAUCACAUGUCAGAAUGAGAUGUGUGCUGGUGGUAAAUGUGUCCUGCUGGGCCCCAGGGCCUUCCUAGGUUGGUUAACUUGUUUUAUGUAGUGGCACUGAGAUGUAUCUAGUGUUCUGGAAUAGUGCCUGCAUCAACAGCUUGUCUGGAACCCGGGAUUGAAAUAAAGCCUUCCUUUGACUGCUCUUCAGCUUUGAAAUUAAUGGAUGUAGAACGUAGAGGAAAGCCAAGUUUUGAAUUCUGGUUAAAAGACACCUCUAUAAAACUUGAUAGGGGGUAAUGAAAAAAAUUUUUGAAUGAUAAUCUUGCUGAGUCAGUUGUACAGAACCAAAUGAAGGAAAUCUUCAGGCUGUAACCUCCGUCCUCACUUUUUUUUUUCUUAUGGUAAAUUUAUUAAUUUUUUAAAACUCGACUUGUCACUUAAUGGUAAUAUCUGUCUCCUUCUGGAAUUAAAAUAGAGUUGUUUAUAGUUGAAAGCAUUAAGGUUGUCCUUCCCCACCUGUCUGAUUUUAACAGCUGAAGGGAUUAAUACAGCUGCUAGAAGAGAAAAGGGGAGGGGGCCUCUGAGCUGGGGAAUGAGCUAUAUGAAAUCCUUGAACUACAAGAGACUUAAAGGAAGGGAAAAAAUAAGAUCGGUCUCUAAAGAUCGUGUAAUUUCAGUGCUAAACAAAACCUUAGAAAUUCUCAUUGAACAACUUGAUUUUACAAAUGUGGACACUGAAAUUCAGAUGAAUUUAAAAUAAUCUGGUUUCAGGCUUCAAAAUUAACGCCAGUUGCUUCUGAAACAGUCCUUACACAGUGCUGUUAAACUUAUUCCUGAAUAGUUGGACAUUGCGCAGUAGGUUUAAUAAUAAUAUUAAGGGCAUACCAGUGAUAAACACUUGGAAUUUUUUCUAUAACUAUAAUUAAAUAAUUACUAGAAUGAAUGAGAAAAGUAGCUCAGGGAACUGGUUUGGGGCCUUAUUACAUCUUGAGGUCCAGUCAGAGGAAAACAUUCUAAGUUUCAAAUUCUGAUUAAUAUGCUUGAGAGCAUUUGCUCUGUAAUCAUAAGACUGACCUACCAACUCUCCAGGAAAAACUGGUUGAGCCACCUGUUUUGUCUACAGUAGGAUACUCUAAGAACUUCAGAAUUACUGGUUGAGUAAAUUGUGAAUUUGGGUGCCGUGGUUUUUUGUUUUUGUGUUUUGCUUUUUAUAAUACUCCUUUCUAGGUGUUGAGCAUUUGUUGGUCUAAUCCUGUGUUAUCCCUUGAAGAGCAGGCAUGGAUUUUUCCAUCAUUCAGAAAAGCUUUUGCUUAGCUUUUCUCCAGUGCCAGAUAUUGGUCUAUUUUGGCAGAAUGACAUACUUGUCCAGGUUGAGGGGUGGGGAUCCAAUGUAUUGUCUCCACUCCAAUUCCCUACUUCCAAAAUAGAACCACAGUCUGGUUUUACAAGUUGGGUUACAGUUUCAUAAUACAGUCCCUACCCCUGUGACUAAGCUCUCUCCCUGGCAGUCUAAUUCAUCUUAGGUUGUUGUCUGAAGAACUAACAUUACCUAGGAAGGUCUGUAGAGAUUAUGGAGUCCAACCCAUUUAUGGUUGGUUUUUUGUUUGUUUUGGGUGAGUAGGUAAACUUGAGGCAUAGGGAGGCUAAGGACUUAGUAUUUAAUAUUUAGUAUUAAAUUCUGAAGAGUUUCAACUUUAGGAAGAAUUGAACUGUGCCAGACAUCCCUUCCUAAAACUUUGUUCUAAGAGUUGGAUUUUUCCUGGCCAUAGUGGAAGCCUGAGUAUAUAAAGACCUGUUUUUUCUUAUCCAGCUCUGAUUGCCCAUUGUUAUCACCACUCACUACCUUCCUUGUUCCAGUUUUCAGUAUCUGUUACAGUCAGUUUAUGAUCCUUGGGUGGACAGGAUAGAACAGCUGUUUUUCUAGUGAUUCUAUGGCCUGUGAGAAAGACUUGGGGUUCAUUUGAGGAGGGAAGGGGAAGGCACAACUGGGAAAGGGUGGAAAGCAUGCUAUUCCCAACCCACUCCUGGGCCUGUGCUCCCCAUUUAGAGACUAAUAGGCUGCUCUUAGACUAAAACUUUUAGGGUUAUCUCAGCCCUAAAAUAGUUUGCUUAUUUUGAUAGAACUUGGGAAAUGUGGGAGAUGAGGAGAAGGAUGUAUUCUUACUUGACCACUGAAGUAUGUUUGGGGAAGGUUGCUGUUGCCUGUCACCUUUGUCUAAUCCUGUGUGGUGACUUUCAUUCUCAGAUUAAAAAUUCCAGUGUUUCCUGUGAGGCAUGUUGUACCAAGUUGGGCUGCAUAACUCACGUUUGUUUUUUUCCUUCCUUUUCCUUUUUUAUCCCCUUUUGCUUUUCUCCUCCAGCUGUGCUUCCUGUGUCUUCAGCUUUGAGUGUCACUGCUGCCUCAGGGCAGCCUGACCCUACCCUUCCCCCUUCUUGCUCCCUGGCCCCCCAACAAUGCCCUCUGGCAACCCCUAACCAGCUUUCCUCAUUCCUUUCUCCCUCUACUAUUGCCUCAACUCCUUUUAAAGCUCCUUUUCCCCAGUCAUCCUCUGGGAUAGCCCUGCCUUUGGGAUCUGCCCCUUCCCCCCCUGACACCCCAGUUUUCCUGCCAAACAUAAUAGGGCCUCCCAUCUCCCCAGCUGCCUUAGCUCUGGCCUCUCCCAUGAUAACUCCAACUCUGAAAGGUGCCCAUUCCUGUUCAGCUCCCUUGGCUCUGGUGGCCUUGGCUCCCCACUCAGUUCAGAAGAGUUAUCCACCUAACCCUCUUAGUUCACCUCCUUCAGUUGCUGUGGCGGAGUCAGGGUCAGUGACAUCUCCGCCAGCUCCCACUGCAUCCUCAGAACCAAAGACCUCUCCUAUUCAAGCUCCCUCUGAAGUAGUCCUUAAUCCAAAGGGUACUCCUAUCCCUCCAGGUAUAGUCAGUGCUGUUCCUUCGCAUCUUAUAACUCCCUUGGCCUCUGUUCAAUCUGGAGUAGCCUCAUGUCCUCAAACACCACCUGCCACUCCCCUAGCCAUCACUUCCUCUCAGGCCAAAGGCAUCCCUGUUUCCUCAGCUCUGACUUCUCCACAGAACCCUGUAAGCCUCAGCCUAAAGGGACCACUUAGUCCACCUGCUGCCUUAUCUCUUCCAACCGAGACUAUUCCUAUGACUCCCAACGUCCCCCCAGCUUUCCUCCCUUCUCUGGGCUCUCAUCUUGCACCUUUACAUCAGAGUUCUGUUGGUUCUCCUGUCCAACUUUUAAGUCAAACAGGCCCUAAUGUUCUGUCAGAUCCUACAGUGGAUACCAUUUCUGGAGAUGAUUCUUCCAUAGGGGCCUCUUACCCUUCUCAGAAGUCUAUAAUUCAUCCCCUUCCUUCCAGAAAUGAGGUGGUUCCUGCUGCUGUGGGUGCUUUUCCAGUGGAGGCUCCCACUCCCCCUCUGGCUCUGUCUGUUGACAAAGCCCCCUCUACCAUCACUAGCAUAGCCUCCUACAGCCCCUCUGGCUCCUCAAAUGUAGCUACCUCUUCUCCAUUAUCUUCUGCAGCCUCUCUCAUUCUCAAAGGGUCUCCUAAUGCCACUCAUCAUCAGCCUUUGGUGGCCCAGAUUCCUGCUGCUUCUCCAGGGAGUGCAGGCUUGAAAGAAGCUCCUGUUUCCUCUGUUGGAACCACCCCGCUUAUGAGUAAUCCCUGUACAAUUUCUGCAACACCUACUACCUUUGAGGUAGCUACUUGUGUCUCUCCUCCACUUUCAUCAGGUUUUAUAAGUAGUACAGACUCAGCUUCCCUUACUAUGGCUCCCAAAGAGCUUCCUGCUCCUCAAGUAACAACCACUCUGGGGAUACCAGUCUCUCCUUUGCCAGGCCCUGAGGACCCCAGAAGUCUCCCUGCUUCAGUACUGGUAAAGUUCCCAACACAAAAAGAUCUCCAAACUGUACCUGCUUCUCCUGUAGGAGCCCCUGUUUCACCAGCCCAGGCAGCACUCCCUACCAAGAAAGACCCUACUAUACUACCAGUGGCCCUGGCAGCCCCUAAAAAUACCCCUUCUCCCCAAAGUACAUCACCUUCUCUGGAGAUAUCUCUUUCUCCUGAAGCCACUUUGGCAAAGAAAAGCCUUGUAGAACCUCUCCCCGUAGUUAAGCCAGCCAGUACUACUCCUUCUCCUCUGGGUGUUAACUCCCCAACCUCUAUAAUCAAGACAGAUCCUUAUGCAAGCCCAGACCCCACUAGUCUGCUUCUCAAAAGUUCUCUCACUACCCCGACCAUAGCUACAUUUCCUUUGGAAAGUGCUUCCACCGCUGGGGUGGCUCCUACAACUGCCAAAGGUACCUCCACUCCUGCAACUACAGACAGCCCUUUUCUAGAAGGAGCUGUCUCUUUAGCUCCUAAAAGCCACCCAGCCGAGAAGAGUACUUCCCCUCUUACUGCUUUACCUUUGGUUCCUCCAGCCUCUGACAAUUGCCUUGUGGCUCCAGCUAUGACUUUAUCCCUCCAGAAUGAUUCUGUUUCUCCAGCUACCAUGUCACUGGCGCCUGAAAUUCCCAAGUCUGAGCCUUGUCCCUCUCUUCCCCCGGCUGGUACUCCUCCUCAAGGUGCAGAGAAAGUUCAUGGUAUCUCUCAUACCUCAGCAUUGGCACCUGUGGCUUCCUCUCCUGAAGGGUGCCCAACUGAGGACUCUGGUGCUUCUGUUACUGCAUCUUCCAAAGGAACUUCCUUAGCUGACUCCCCACCUCUUUUAGGGACUAGUGUGUCUCCUCAGACUAAAAGACCUCCAACCAAGAAAGGUUCAGCUACUUCUACUACUCCCUUAACUCUUGCUCCUUCUGUUUCUAAAAGUGUACCUACUAUCCCUGAUACUCCUGCUGAAAAUUUCUCAUCCUCUGUUUCUCCAACUGAAGAUUCCUUUCUUCCAGAGGCGAGUCUUUGUUUUCAAGUACCUAAAGAAUCACUAGCCAAGAAGCAUUCCCCUACUCCUCCUUCCCCCAAAGCGAGGCCAGCAACCCCCUCCCUUACAGAGACCUCCGCUCCCCUAGCUCCUCCCUCCCCCAAAGGAGCCCCAGCAACUCCAUCCUCCAAAGAGUCUCCAGCUGCCCCACCUCCCAGAGGGGCCCCCACUGCCCCAGCUGUGGCUCCUCCCUCCCCUAAAGAGUCCCCAGCAACUCCAACUCCCAAAAGAGCCCCAGCCACCCCAUCACCCAAAGGACCCUCCACUUGCCCAGCUGUGCCUCCUCCCUCGCCCCAAGGGGGCCCAGCUACCCCACCUCCCAGAGAGGCCCCUACUCCCUCAGCUGUGAUUCCUUUCUCCCCGAAAGGGGCCUCAGCAAUUCCAUCUCUCAGAGAGACCCCUACUCCCCCAACUAUGACUACUUCCUCCCGCAAAGAGUCCCCAGCUACCCCACCCCCAAAAGAGGCCUCCACUUCCUCGGCUGCAACUCCUUCCUCUCCCAGAGGAGCCCCAGCAACCCCAUCCCCCAGAGACUCCCCAGCUACUCCACCUCACAAAGGGGCCCCAGCAACUCCAGCCCCCAAAGAGCCCUCAGCUACCCCACCUCCCAAAGGGGCCCCAGCAACUCCAGCCCCCAAGGGGGCAUCAGCUACCCCACCUCCCAAAGGGAACCCAGCAACUCCCACCCCUAAAGAGCCCUCAGCUACCCCACCUCCCAAAGGGGCCCCAGCAACUCCAGCCCCCAAGGGGGCAUCAGCUACCCCACCUCCCAAAGGGAACCCAGCAACUCCAGCCCCCAAAGGGGCAUCAGCUACCCCACCUCCCAAAGGGGCCCCAGCAACUCCAGCCCCCAAAGGGGCAUCAGCUACCCCACCUCCCAAAGGGGCCCCAGCAGCUCCAGCCCCCAAAGAGCCCUCAGCUACCCCACCUCCCAAAGGGACCCCAGCAAUUCCAGCCCCCAAAGAGCCCUCAGCUACCCCACCUCCCAAAGGGGCCCCAGCAACUCCAGUCCCCAAAGAGCCCUCAGCUACCCUACCUCCCCAAGGGGCCCCAGCAACUCCAUCCCACAAAGAGCCCUCAGCUACCCCACCUCCCAAAGGGACCCCAGCAGCUCCAGCCCCCAAAGAGCCCUCAGCUACCCCACCUCCCAAAGGGGCCCCAGCAACUCCAGCUCCCAAAAGAGCCCCAGAAACUCCAUCUUCCAAAGGGGCCCCUACUCCCUCAGCUGUAGUUCCUCCCUCCCCCAAAGAGUCCCCAGUCCCCAAAGGAACCUCAGCAAUUUCAUCCUCCAAAAGAGCCCCAGCUACCCCUUCCUCCAAAGAGACUCCCACUUCCCCAGUUUCAGUCACAUGUCCCUUGGAGUCCAUUGCCCCUCAGGCAUCUAAAGGGUCCUCGAUAAAGAAAGGCCUCACAACUCUCCAAGCAGCUGUUGCCCCAGCUCCAGAAAGUAUACCAGUCAUCCCAGCUCCCACUCAGAAAGGUCCACUGGCCAAGAAAAGUUCUGCUACUUUACCUCCUGUGUGCCUAGAUCCCUCAGCUAAGAAUGGUACUAGAGGACCCCUCCCUACAGUGGCUCCAGCCCCUCUACUGACGGUCUCCUCUCAGAAAGGCUCUUCUCCAAAAACUCCAAAAGCCCUCCCUAUUUCUCCUGUAAAGGACAAAGAGUCUCUCCAUUCCCCAAAGGGCUCCUUGGCUCCUCCUGAGUCUGAGACAUCUAUCCCUGUAGCAGCAGCUGCCUCUGAGAAGGUCCUUCCUAAAGCUGGAUCAGCAUCUGUCUCUCUAGCACCCACCCCAUCAGUCCCUCUGCCUCUUGCUCCCUCCCCAGUUCCCCCUCUGCUUCCUAAACAGCCAUUUCUGCCCUCCUCACCUGGGCUGGUGCUGGAAUCACCCUGUAAGCCCUCAGCCCCUGCUGAUGAGGAUGAGCUGCCGCCUCUGAUUCCCCCGGAACCAAUCUCGGGGGGAAUGCCUUUCCAGUCGGUCCUCGUCAACAUGCCCACCCCCAAACCUGCUGGGAUCCCUGCCCCAACCCCCUCUGCCAAGCAGCCUGUUCUGAAGAACAACAAGGGUAUUUGCCUUGGUUUGCCGUGUGCAUGGUGUGUUGCCCACACCCCUCCUGGGGGCUACCCACCAAUACUAACCCUAGGAUGUGCCGCUUCCUCCAGUAUAUCUGCUUGUGUUUGA